AUGCAUCUAGCCAGCAUUCUCUUUACACUCCUGUUCGCUUCUUCGGUUUGCGCUCUCCCUCUUGGCCUUCGCAAAUUGGUUCGCGCCUGGGACGACCGCGACCUCAACCUUCCUGUUGUCCAUCUCGUCACUCCAGAACCCAUUACCGAACCCUUAGAUCUCUCCGACGGCUUGGGUUUCUCAUGGGCCGACGAAUGGCGGGGUGGUAAACGCAGCCUCGAUGAAGGAAACGGCAACCCUAAUCGCGACGCGCCGCGUAAGCGUGACCUCUUCGGUGGCAUUGACCCCGGCUUGCUGGAGGCCCAGGACCCAACACCGUCCAAAUCGGAGGGCAUUUCGAAAGACUUAAUCUUCCAAGACGCGCCGCAGCGUAAGCGUGAUGAGACACUACAAGAAGCUCUCGACGACAUCAUCCAACCAGGCGAAGUCGUUGAUGAUCCCCCACCAGAUCCGAUUUCCCCAAGACCACGACAAGGCUGGAUUUUUUCCAGUGCACCGGAUAAGCGUUAUGAAGCUUCCGAAGAGUUCUUACCCAAGGGAUCAACAACGAAGAAAUCAUUGUUGUCUUUUAAGGAUGCACCGAUCAAACGGGACGGCGGCUUCUUGACCAUGGUGAAGGACGCAAUGAGAUGUAUUGUGCCAUGA